AUGCUGUUUCUUCCACCAGCAAAGAAUGUUGAUCCAUCCAAGCUUGAAGCUACACUCACUUUGCAAGAAGUGCCCAAAGGGUGCCGGGGCGGUUCAGUUGCAAAUGUCCUUGGAAGCAAAGAAGCGAAGGCAGACUUUUCUGCUGACAUGCUGAAACUCCUUGCCAAGGCCCAUGGAGUGUACGAAAGUGAUAUUCACAUUACUGACCUCCGCAAAGGCUCCCUCGAGUGUGACUACGUUGUCGAUUCCCUGAGUGGGAGCACCAGUGUAAGCAGCGCUCCAACACAUUUCAAAGAGAAACUCAGCGAGGUUCUCGGCGUGAACAUGGCCAACUUCGAGAUUGUGUGGAGCCUUCCAUGCAUUGGCUUCAAUCCCAAUGAUUUUGAUGAGGCUGGCAACAAGACAAACUGGGAAGGCCAGAAAUUUGACAUUGGACCCCCAGGCAACACGCGCACCUAUCAUCAGCCAGAAGGACGUGAGUGGGUCAGGUAUGGUCUCAAAGUUUGUGGGUUUUUUGAGAGUGAUACGUGGCUGAAGCCUUUCACUAAGAAACACGGGUUGUGGUAUCGUGUGUUUCACGGUUGCAGGAACCCAGGUGAAAGCGCAUUGAGCAUCUACAAGGAUGGGUUCGAGCCAAGCAGCAAGGGCACUUAUGGACCGGGUGUAUACUGCUCACCACUUAUUGAUCUUGCGAAGCAAUAUGCAUUCAGGUUUGAGGUGCCUACAGAAGAUGGUUUCGUGCUUGUGAACGUGGUGGUGCAAGCUGCCGUUAAGCCGGGGUGCAUGGAAGAGCAUGGAAGUGAGUGGUUGGUGAAGGAUCCAAACCACAUCAGACCAUAUGGCCUACUUAUUCGGGAAGCUUAG